AUGAAGGUCAAAACAACAGAUUCGGGAACCUCAAAAGGCUCUAAGAGCCGCAUCUACGAUGAUAACCAUGCGCCUGUCACAUCCAUUCUCCGAGAUGGCGACGUGCCAUAUACGGAUCAUGAGAUAGAUGCCGAUGAGCGAGUGAUUAUGGCCCUAGGUUACAAACAGGAAUUCAAACGCGACUUCUCCUUGUGGACAACCUUCUGUGUUAGUUUCGCGGUACUCGGUCUACUGCCUUCGUUUGCGAGUACUCUUUACUAUGGCAUGGGAUAUGCUGGUACCGCGGGUAUGGUCUGGGGCUGGAUCAUUGCCAUGAUCCCCAUCCAGUGUAUCGCAAUGGCAAUGGCUGAGCUGUGCUCGGCCAUGCCUACCAGCGGAGGUCUCUAUUACGCCGCCGCCGUGCUCGCACCUCCUGGAUAUGGUCCGUUAGCUGCUUGGUUGACGGGGUGGUCCAACUGGAUUGGACAAAUCACUGGUGCACCGUCGGUGGAUUACUCUCUAUCAGCAAUGAUCCUAGCCGCCGUCUCGAUCACCAACCCGAGCUAUGUCCCGGAAAACUGGCAUAUCUUCCUCCUGACAGCACUCAUCAUCAUCAUACACUCGGUAAUUAGCAGCCUCCCAACGAAACGCGUCGCUCAGGUCAACUCGUACGGCUCGACAUUCAAUAUACUUGCUCUUGUCGCAACCCUGAUCGUCAUCCCCGCCGCAACAACCAAUAGCCCCAAGUUCAACUCCUCCCAUGAUGUCUGGAACACAAUCACGAACCAAACAGACUACCCGAAUGGAAUCGCUGUGCUCAUGACCUUUGUCGGCGUCAUCUGGACCAUGUCAGGCUACGACUCUCCCUUCCAUCUAUCAGAGGAGUGCUCGAACGCAAAUAUCGCCUCGCCCCGCGCAAUUGUCAUGACAUCCGGUGUCGGCGGCGUCAUGGGCUGGUUCCUCCAACUCGUCGUCGCUUACACAGUCACAGAUAUCAGCGCCGUGAUUGACUCUGACCUCGGCCAGCCCUGGGCGUCAUACCUCCUUCAAGUCCUUUCUCAGAGAGUCGCGCUGGGCAUCCUCGGGUUGACCAUCGUCUGUGGUUUCUCCAUGGGGCAAGGAUGUAUGGUUGCUGCGUCACGAGUCACGUAUGCAUAUGCACGCGAUGAUUGUUUCCCAUACUCGAACAUCUGGAAGAAAGUCAACAAGACCACCUCCACCCCUGUCAACGCCGUGAUAUUGAAUGGUGUCCUGGGUAUUCUCAUGUGCUUGCUCAUUCUCGCCGGAACUACCGCCAUCGGCGCUUUAUUCUCCAUUGGUGCCAUCGCUCAAUUCGUGGCCUUUGCCAUCCCCAUCGCGAUCCGUGUAUUUUUCGUCGGAGACCGCUUCCACAGGGGUCCGUGGCACUUGGGUGCAUUCAGUCCUUGGAUCGGAGGAGUCGGCGUGUUGUUCGUUCUUCUCCUGGUGCCAAUCUUGUGUCUGCCCAGUGUUACCAAGGGUGAUUUGACGCCGGAUAUGAUGAACUGGACUUGUCUUGUUUGGGGUGGUCCCAUGCUUGCUGUGACGAUCUGGUGGGUUGUUGAUGCUCGAAAGUGGUUCACUGGUCCAGUUGUGAAUGUUAUGCAUGCCAUUCAUGCGAUUCCUGUUGACGGAAUCGAGCCCGAGGAAAAGAGGGAGACGGAGCGGGAGACCAUUUCGAGUAAAGCGGCAGAUGUAUAG